AUGGCUGAAGGAGAGAUGGCAGCUGUCAGUCGGGAGUGUCUGCAGGGCCUGGAUUUCCUCCAUUCCAACCGGGUGAUGCACAGGGAUCUGAAGAGCUCCAACAUCCUCCUGGGAAUGGACGGCUCUGUCAGGCUGGCUGAUUUUGGCCUCUGCGCUCAGCUCAGCCCUGAGCAGGACCGGCGCAGCUCCAUGGUGGGCACUGCUCACUGGAUGGCCCCAGAAGUUGUGACCAGAUCUCCUUAUGGCCCCAAGGUGGACAUCUGGGCCUUUGGCAUUGUGACCAUCGAGAUGGUGGAAGGAGAACCUCCUUACUUCAGGGAAACGGGGGCCAUGGCUCGCGCUCUGAUCCGGCAGAACGGGACCCCGCAGCUGCAGGAGCCCCGGCGCCUGUCGGCUCUGCUGCGGGACUUCCUCGAGUGCAGCCUGGAGCCGGACGAGGAGCGGCGCUGGGCUGCCCAGGAGCUGCUGCAGCACCCAUUCUUGUCAUCAGCCAAGCCUCUCUCCAGCCUGACCCCUCUGAUCACUGCAGCGAAGCAACUGAGGGAGCAGCGGAGGAGAUGAAGCACAUGAAGAGAGUUUCUUGUUACAGUAGUUAGGACAACUAGUUAGUUUUGGUAGUUAGCUCUGAUAGUUAUGGUAGUUAGUACUGCUAGUUGUUUAGGGUAGUUAGCACAGUUUGUUUGUUAUGGUUCUUGUUUGUUUUGGCAGUUUUUGGAAUAAAAACUCUCUCAAACCUCGA